UCAAAGUGGGCUUCAGACUCGACGUGUGGACCCAAUUCAAAGACAAGUGGAGGGUGCAUGAAUUCUAGAAAGGCUCACACCCCUUGCUACGCGUCUGGGCCACGGAGUUUGUUGGGAGGGGUUGCUUGCUGACGAAAAACAGAACGAGGGUACGUAGCUAAUACACUUUUGAGCUCAGGUUUGCGUCUACCUUUUGAAAAUAAGCCAGCUGUUCAAAGCGAAGAGAGGACAGUUGCCGAGAAGAGAACAAGAGUGAAACAUAGAGUGUAAAAAAUAUGGGUAGCAUUUCCCUUGAACCGGCAAUGACUACGAGUGAUCCGCUUCGGGUUUGGCAAGAAACUCAUCAGAAUUUAAAGACGGGAACGGAGCCGAACCACAUCGACCUACGAUCGGUAAAACGGGACUACCACCACAGGGUGUUUGUCAACAGGAGUCUAACACUGGAAAAUAUCAAAUGCUAUGGCUUUGACAUGGACUACACUUUGGCAAUGUACAAGUCCCCUGACUACGAGGAGCUGGGAUACGAGUUGCUGAUGGACAGGCUGGUGUCGAUAGGCUAUCCACAUGAACUGCUGCAGUACAAAUAUGACCCCAGCUUCCCUACACGAGGCCUAGUUUUCGACACUAUGUAUGGGAACCUGCUGAAGGUGGACUCUCACGGCAAUAUUCUGGUGUGUACUCACGGAUUCACCUUUCUCAAAGGAGCCGAGGUACAGGAGUACUAUCCCAACAAGUUCAUCCAGAGGGACAACACUGACCGCUUCUACAUCCUCAACACUCUCUUCAACCUCUCAGAGACCUACCUGUAUGCCUGUCUGGUUGACUUUUUCACCAACUGCAGUAGAUAUGCAAACCGCCAGAAGGGCUACAAACAUGGCGACCUCUUUAUGUCCUUUAGAAGCAUGUUUCAGGACGUGCGAGAUGCCAUGGACUACGUCCACGACACUGGCAUAUUGAAGGAGAGAACCCUUCAGAACCUGGAAAAGUACAUUGUCAAAGAUACUCGUCUGCCGCUGCUCCUGAGCCGCAUGAAGGAGGUGGCCAAAGUAUUCCUGGCCACCAACAGUGACUACAACUACACAGACGCCAUCAUGACCUACUUGUUUGAUUUCCCUCAUGGCCCCAAGCCUGACACACCAAAGCGACCGUGGCGUUCCUACUUUGACCUUGUUGUUGUUGACACCAGGAAGCCACUGUUCUUUGCAGAAGGGACCGUUCUGAGGCAGGUUGACACGAACACAGGGAAGCUUCGCAUUGGAACAUACACUGGAGACCUCCAGCACGGGACUGUCUAUUCUGGAGGCUCCUCCGACAUAGUGUGUGAUCUGCUUGGGGUGAAAGGGAAGGACAUCCUCUAUGUGGGGGACCACAUUUUCGGGGACAUCCUCAAGUCAAAGAAGCGCCAGGGCUGGAAAACGUGCUUGGUAGUUCCGGAGCUGGCCAAGGAGCUGCAGGUGUGGACGGAGAAGAGCCAUCUGUUUGAAGAGCUGAAAAGUCUUGAUGUUUUUCUUGCCGAGCUCUACAAGCACCUGGAUAGUGGCAGCAGAGUGUGUCCGGACAUAAGCGCAAUCCAGUCGCGGAUCAAGAAGGUGACCCAUGGGAUGGACAUGUGCUAUGGGAAAAUGGGAAGCCUUCUGCGCUGCGGCUCUCGGCAGACCCUCUUCGCCAGCCAGCUGAUGCGAUACGCUGACCUGUACUGCGCCUCCUGCAUCAAUCUGCUCUACUACCCCUUCAGUUACCUCUUCAGAGCGCCCCCUGUCCUGAUGCCCCAUGAGUCUACGGUGGAUCACUGCCCGCUCGACCUCAAUGCAUCUGAAGCCUCCCUGGCCAAUCACGUAAUGAGGCUCACCGAUGCCAAGCAGAAAACCCAGCAACACGAACCUGAGGGUGCUAACGAGAAAUGAUGAGAGGAUUCCAAAGAGGUGGAUGUGACCAGAAGUUUCGAAGGGACAGUGUGUUUCUGUGUAUGCGUGCAUGUCAAGAGAUUGACAGAGAAUGAGUGAGAGUGAGAGAGAUGAAGCAAAAGAGAAAGAGCUACACCUUCUGUGGGAUCCACGUGCCAUUGUCUUCCACAGAAAGGAAAGAUGAAGCUGUGAAGAAUUCUCUGAACAACAGAAAGCCAAAAGUAUUCUGCACCAUUUGGGAGUUUCCUGGGUGCCAUAUAGAAAUGCCUGCAAACAGAACAAAUUGUAAUGGAGUGAAAGAUAAUAACUGGUAAAUGCAUCAUGGAAAUGACUGACUGCAUAAUUUACUAAUAAGUACAUUAGUUAUGCCCCCAGACUAAUUUUGAAAUAAAUCCUUUCAGUGCUGCUUUGGGUGUCUCAGACUCAUUUAGUUUUUAAAUGCUCCUUUGAUUUUGGAGCGAGCUAGUAUUUGUAUCGUUAACCAUGUGUUCCUAAGUUUAGAAUGUACAAAACAUGCCAUUUUGAUUUAACACAUUGAAUUACUGAGGCCCAGGAUUUGACCUCAUCCUGUUGUCCCUGCUAUCUCUUUGAGUGCAUUGUUAGAAACCUGAGCACUCAACUACAGCCUGUUCCUUCAUUCACCAUGCCUCUGCACUGUGGGAACAUGCAGUUGUUUGUAUGGUUUUUUUAUGUUUCACACAGUUUGUAUAAGAUCAAGAAUUAAUAGAUGUGGAUAGGUCGUAGUGAUUUACCUAAGGCACUUAGAGCUGUUUCACAUAAAAAGAAAAAAAAGGAAGUGUUUCUUUUCAAAUGUGCAACUUGAAAUUAAUUUCAAGCAGUGGAAACUCACAUUAUGUAAGGUUUUAUCCUAACCACCACCAGUUUGGGGUGUUCUGUAUUUCAGUUUCAGUAUUUCUUUUAGUUUUUUUUAUUAAUGAUAUGCACCAUUUUCUUCAAUUGGUCUCCAGGUACUAACAACAUGAAUGCAAGAGCUGUAGUGAUAUUAAGAUUUAUUUUAAUAAUACAAUAUUGGUGUAGACCCAUAGUGUGCAAAUUUUAUGUUGAUUCUGUUUUCCUGGUAAAGAGUGCAUUAUCUGAGACUCUGAGAAUCCCAGCAGAAGAAGAAAAAAACAUGUUAAUCUUGGAAUUUUAGCAUUUUAAGUGGUGAAUUCUCUUGGCCAUUCCUCCA